AACUGCAUUAGUGCGCCAUCGCGCUCUGAACGGUCAGUACGUUAAGACGCGCUCGUCUGGAUUCCGCGCUAUUUGUCCUGUUUAAUCACUUUUGAUUAUCCAUAAACGCGUGGUUGCAACAAAAAGCUGUCUAAAGUUUGAAGGAUACUGGGAACAUCUGUCAGGCUGAGCCGGUUUUGUUAUUAUUCACUUCUCUUUUGUUUGGAGUGGGAUUCCAUUGAACUUGGUCCAUUGUUGUUGGAUGAGAAGCUCAUCUUGGCAUUGAGGCUCCUGGGAUCCAAUACUACGGAGCAAACAGUGGUCAAUUUGCAGAUGUUGAAAGCUGAACUCUAUACUUUAAGGAUAAAAAUGGCCAUGUGUCCUGUAUACGUGGAAGAAUUUUCAUCCUGACCACUAUCCUGGAUCUACACCGUCAUAGGAAAGAGUGACAAAUCUCUUGGCAAAGAAAGACUUUGGUGAUUUUAUUUUUCUGUGGACCGUAUUUGAGAAGUCAUCAUGCCUAUUCUGAAGCAGCUUGUGUCCUCGUCCUCCCAGUCGAAGCGGCGUUCUCGUGCCGACCUGACUGCGGAGAUGAUCAGCGCACCUCUAGGAGACUUCCGUCACACUAUGCACGUGGGUCGAGGAGGCGACGCGUUUGGGGACACGUCCUUCCUUAGCAGUCACUCAGGGGAGCCACCAAAGGAGCCGGAGGUACAGCAGAGCUCACCUAAACAGAGCCUCCUUUCCCGUACGUUCCGAAGCAGCAAGCGCUCCCAAUCGGUCAAUCGCGACAAGCCUGACAAAUCCAAACUGGCGCCCCCUGGUGGAUCGCCGAGUUAUGUAAAAAACGCAAUCUCACUGCCAUAUUUGAAUGACUAUGAUGCGGGACGAGGUACUGGAAUCCACCUUCCCAAGAGCGUGUCCUCAAGUCCUUUAAAGAAACUUCCAGAAGACGAAGUAAAGCCGCUUAAUGGAGCCACAGCGCCUGCUGUAUCAGACGUGGAGCUGGACGAGAGGAGUUUCGGAGAGCUGACUGACUUGCGUCCAUCGGUUCCUUACACAGGAGGCAUGAAACAUGCGGAGUCCAUCAUGUCUUUCCACAUUGAUCUGGGUCCCUCCAUGCUGGGCGACAUCCUAAGUGUGAUGGACAAGAAGGGCAUUGAUGAUGACGAUCUGGGAUUUGAAGAAGGAAAGAGUAGCGAGGGGCGCAGCUCGCCACCCCAGAGCCCUCACAAUGAGGUGGGAGAAGAGGACCCUCUUCCUCCGAUCCGGCCCCCACGGCAAAGGCCGGGCACCAACCCUUACACUCCAGAACUCCAAACCAGGAACCAUCAACACCUGGACAGCUGUUCCCUCUCCAGUUCAGGGUCCACCAUGCUGGAUGAAAAAACCCACAAUCAAUCACCAUCAAUGUAUGAGGGGAACAUGAACAACAUCAAGUACAGCUCACCUCGAGUUCAAGAGGAUAGGGACUUCUCCUACAUGGAUGAUGAUGAUGACGACGACGACGACGAGAUUAGGGUGUAAAGUGAACAGUCUUUGAAAAGAAGUGGUGGAGGUGGGUUGUGGUCGACUGGUAGAUGUAAAGCUCACACACUGACUUGGAGGACUGAUUUUAUAAUGAAGAUGAAAGGGAAAACGUAUGUUUUAGCCCUUGAUGAUGCUUUUUCACUACAUUUUCUAGUUCAGGUAUACAAACCUUCUGUUACUAGUGACUUUCACCAGAGCCACCACAGCUUUGAGAGGAAAGUGCUUGCGUGUUUGCGUAUGCUGAAGCAUGGGAAUUCCAUUUCAAAUGGUAAUUAGUCUCAUGAGUAUCAUUAAUGAAUUCCAGUGUUGACCACUUGGAAUGCUGAUACAGGAGGUUUGUGUGGAACCAAGCCUCACAUUCUUCCAUGAUUGACGCAGUACCCUUGCUUAUGCCUUUAAACUCUGAAAAACGUAAUGCAACAAUCUUAAUUUUCCUGUUUCACAGCUUUUGAUUCCGUCUUUGCCUUGUAUACAAAACCUUAAUGAUGUAAAUGAUGUUUGGAAUACCAUAAACGUGUUUGGAGGUUCAACAGAACGCUUUAUGUUACCUUUAUGUUAGGAAUAUGUUACCUUUUUUCCAAUCGUGGGUUGUUUAUGUAGUAGAUCUGGACUUUGUCAUGUGGUCCAUGCAUGUUUAAGAGGAUUUCCUGUUGGCUCACAUGAAAUUCUCAAUCACGGGGAAUUCAGAUUGAUGGGAUGCAGAAACUGAAAGCAUUGGUGACGUCGGAUUACUUGUAGGCAGUAGAAUCAGUCCAGGAGGAACCAAUUAUGACUUCAGUUUUGUGUGUGUGUGUGUGUGUGUGUGUGUGUGUGUGUGUGUGUGUGUGUGUGUGUGUGAAUGAGGAUUGAUGUCAAGAAGGCUGAGGAGUGUAUUACUUGAUCAUCAUUGUAUAGGCUCAGAGAUGAAGAGUGUAGCUCUCUUAUUCAGGGUCUAGUGUAGUGCCUUGAACUUCAAACUGUGCUCAUCAGCAGAAGUGGCCCUGCAGGGUUUUCAUCUCUGAAUGACUCUUAUAGUUCUCUGUGUUUCUGUAUUUAGGUUUUUAGAGAGAGAUCAACACCCCGUGAUGAGAUUGUUACUUGUAUAGCCACUCUUUGAGUUAGUGCCAUACCCUUUGCGUCAGUUAAAUGUAGACCAAAACGUACUUUAUUAAAAUUCUUUAACAUCUACAAAAUGAGCAAACUCGAUCCACCAUGUCAUUUUAUAUUACAGAGUUAUGAAAAGGAUUCACUAAUUUUCCUUUAAGAUGAAGUGUGUAAUUUCGGCACCAUCAGCAGCACUAAAUGGAAUAAUAAAAAAAAAUACAGUAAAAUACAUUUAUAUUUUCUAUUUUUCUCCAAUUUUUUUGGAAUCUUAACAUAGAUUGCAAUUCCAUAAACUGUUGUCAGAGUUUGAAGGCGGGACUACGCAUUUGUUUGACCAGUAGUAGAUCUGGAAAUGUUUGAAACAAGCCACAGAAAUCACACACUUCACAUUUAGGUCUUUAUUAAGAGACUUUCCAAACUAUGUUAACACUUAGCAAAUUUGCCCAAAUACUGGCAAGAUACUUAACAUUAUCAUAGUCUCUGGUUUACCAUUGAAAACAUAAAAUAAUGACCAUCUAUUAAUGCCCUGAUAGCCAAAUAAGUAUUAACUGUUCAUUGUGCACUUUGGGAAAUUGAUUUAUUAUUAUUAUUAUUAUUAUGACACAAGUUAUGUUUUGUGGACAUAAUUUAAAAUCGUUACACUCUUGAUAUAUGUACAUCAUGUUCAGUUAUUCAUUUACUGUAUAUUUGAGUGUUUUGAUUGAUGCUAUUGUUUAGUCAGCAGUGUUGGCCCUGUAAUCUGACAUUAUAUAAGCACACUAGGAACCCGAAGAGAGCACCAUUUGUAGAAUUGGUUAUUUUCAGUUGGUUUCUGUGGUACCGAGUUGUUUGUACAGAUGUCUCUGUGGCUUUUUACCUUCACUUUGUGAGCUCAGUUAAGUUUUGUAUCAGCUGUAAUACUCCAAGACUACAGCGACGCUAUUUCCUUGCUCACCUGUCAAGUGUUUUUUGUUGGUUUGUGAAAUCAGCAUGUUUAAACGGUAACAAGUAAGGUAUGAUUUAUAAGAGCUCUAGAAAGAUGUUUGUAAUGCUGACUCCAUGGGUGCUUUUCAGGGUGGGUAUAGGAUGGUUUGGAAAAGGUCUUUAUUAAUGGGAUACGAGAGGCUUAUGUUGCCUUAUAUCUGGUUGAAAUGCUGCAUCGUGCCGUUUUGUCUGCAAGCAAAAAACGGAUGAUAAUCAAAUGUGCCAAUGUCUUCCCUUCCUCUCUUUUGCUGUCCUAUUUUUAUUCAAUUUAUGGGUUAAGGAAGUGUUUGUGGACAUAUCACACUGCACACAAAGCUUUUGAAGAAGACCAGAUGUCCGGAACUGGAUUUGUGAGACAAAGUGAGCUGGAAUGCUGGACUGUCACAGGUUUUGAGAGCAGCAGGUCUCCCUCUACAGUUUUUGAGUAGUUUUCUUUCAGGCCAUUAAUACUUUUACUUGUAUCUAUGCUUACUGAGACAAAACUCUACCAUCCAUAUACAAUGGCAUAGAGGUUUCUAUAGUUUCUUUGCUUGAUUACUAUAUGCACACAGCUUCCUACAGCUGCUACAGAAAAUGGUAACAAAACAAUAAAGUAUAGUAUAAAACCAUCUGUUUAAUUUCCAGGUAUUUGCUGUUUAUCUUUUUUCACUUAAUGUCUGUAUCAUUCUGUAUUGAAAUAAUGUAUAUAAUGACCUGCCUCACUUUCCCUCGCAAAAUAACAGUUAUAUUUUUCAAUAAAAGAAAAAGCUGAUAAACUUGA